AGCUCCCGGCCGCCUCUCAGCAGCACCUCAGCCGAGGCCCCGCCGCUGCCGUUGACACUCUCGCUCCCCUCCCCCCUCGCGUGCCCUGAAUCCCGGAGGGCAAAGCCUCUCCACCCAACGUGCAGGCCGGGCGAGGGGCCCGGGGAAGCCCCCGAGAAGCCCCUUGCCCAGCCCGACGUGGCGGGAGGGGGCGGCCCGGGCGAGCAGCUCCAGCCAGCUCGCCUGGCAGCCCCUUCCGUCGGGCAGCAGCAGCAGCAGCGACUCCUCGGUAUCGAACGCUUCGAUUGCUGCAGCUCAGCCUAUUUGCAUACUGAUCUCUCCUCGCUUAGCCUCGCAGAUCCAUAACGAGGCGGGCGGCGAUUUCCAGGCACGUCGCCUCUCUCCCCAGGCGAGGCGAGGCUGGCCAAAAAGCGCUGCCCAGCGAGCAGGAGAGACCAGGCAGCAGCCGGAGGAGGCCGUCUGCGCGCGGCACCGACGGGAGAGAGCAGGAGACCCAGCUAGACCGCCGAGCUGGAGUCCAGGCUGCAGCCCGGGAGCCUAGCGGCUGGGGCUUUAGCCAGGGCCACUGCGCCGGGCCGCCUGGAAGAGCCCACGCCCCACUUCCGACGGGAUGGCACGCCCUUCUCCUGCGCCCAGGGCCUUCGAGGCUGACGGCCUGCCGGCCUUGCCGCUCAAGGGUCACGGAGUGGACCUCGGGGGUAAGCCUACUCUGCGGAGUGACGGGGAGUUAGGGGCACGUAGGGGGGUGGGGGGACUUCUUAGCUAAGCUCAGGAGAGACGGGGUCGCGAACUCCUUCCCUCUCCUGCCGGGCCCUCGGGAGAGGCUCAGCCUCUGCCAGUCGCCGGCGCGGACCCUGCAGAGACCGAGUGCGCGCGCAGGCUUCGCUCAGGCGGCCGGGGAGGAGGGCCGGAGGGUCCAGCGCCCCGAGCUUCCUUUCCUUGGAGCUGUCGUGCCUGUGGGGGAGAGGAGAGGGGGAGAGAGGGCCCCGUCUGCCUCCUCGGCUUGGCCGCGACGUGGCUUUCGUUCCAUCGUCGCCUCGCCGACGCUUGAAAUCAUCCGGACAAAAGCUGCCUCGGAGGAGGCGUUUCACAAGCACCGACAACCAGCCGGGUCAAGACCUUCAGAAAUGCUGCUGACAAUUGGGGGGGGGGGGCAGUUCAGAUGCGCCCAAAACAAGGUUGCGACGGGUUGGGUUAGCUCCCUUUGCAGGAGAUGGAGCUGAUGGCCAGGGGGCGACCUCCGCCGUCCUUGGCUGUGCUUCGGAGCUCGGGGGGCGGGGGCCUUCCGCUCACUUUCUCUCCCCGCCCCACUGCAAUUCGGGGUAUAAAGUCUGAGGCGCUUUUUUCUGACUUCCCCGGAGGUCCGGCAGGGAGAGCGCGGGGGGGGGGGGGUUCUUCAAGGGCGCCCUGCCUCGGGUGCGAGACACCCCCCUGCCGUGCCCCUCCAGCGCCCUGCUGAGCUGCUUAAGGAGUCUCCUCGUGCUCGGCCUGGAGUGGAGAGCGGCUCUGGAGCCCCUGGGCUAGGAGGCAAAGACAGCCGGCGUCCCCUUGGAAAUCCACCCCUGCCAGACAAUAGGUUGCUGCCCUCGGCUGGAGGGGCUCGUUCCUCGCUGCUUCUUGCGCCUGUCUCGCACGCUGAUUCCCGGCAGCCGACCUGCGGGCAAGGAAAGCUCAGGCAGCCGGGCCCAGUCGCUUGGGAGUCAAGGGCUUGAGGCGGGGCUCAGAAUUGCCACCCCAGUUAUGGCUCCAGUCGGGGCGGCGUUUUCAGCAAAGCGGGGGUCGCAGAUCUACAGAGAUGCUGCCCUCUCCUGCUCCUCCUACGCCCUAAAGCCGGCCGAGCAUUUUGCAGAGCCGUUGCAGAAAUUGCUUGCGGGGAACCGGCGGGAGGGAGCAGGGGGUCCUGGCCCUCUCCUGCGCUGGCUUUGCGGCUCGCCUCGCCGCCUUCCUCGGCCUCUGGGCAGGCAAAGUCUUCCGGGUUUGCCGCUCGCGACGCGCUCCUGGAAGCUGCCCGCAGGGACAGAGGGGGCGAGCUUUUCCCGAGCCUGGGACCGGCCUCGGCUUUCGCCUUUCUCUCACACCGCCUCCCCGCCUCGCUUGCCCUUUGCAAAGAAAGCGCCCCGUCCCACUCUUUGCUGCGCUUUUAACAUAAGAUGCCCAGCCGCAAAACAGUCCCACAUAGGCCAGUGGACCACCGACCAUCACAGGUGCGAGCCGAUGGGCUCUGAAUAGAAGAGAAGUAGACUAUAAAAGGCAGCAGGGACCUUCGAAGAUCGAGGGGAAGUACAGAAGCAGGUGGAAGCGCCUUGAAGGCUAGCCGCGAAGGGGAGGUCCAGCUCGCCCGCCCCAGAGCAGCCACUUCUGCUCUGCCCGAGCUUCCCCUUCCAGUCGAGGCCGGCCGGCCCUCUGCCCUGCUCCAGCGAGGCCGCAGGAGAAUGCGGCCGGUUGUGGAGCCGCAGCCGCCUCUGCUCGGCGCACCCGGAGGAAGAGAAGGCAGCAGAAGGCCCAGCCCUGCGUGAGGGGCCCAGCUCCGGGCAGGCGAGGACUUCUCGGUCCGUCGCGUCUUCCUGCGGGCCACAUCGGCUUCAACAAAGGGCCACGCGGGCCACCUGUGGCUCCUUCUCCCCGGCAAUGGCCUCCCAGCUCUUGUAGGAGCCGCUAACCCGCAAGCAGGCAGCCGACUCCGCUUCUUUACCCUGGAAAGAACCGAGGAGCCGAGGCCAAAACGCCGCACUGGCGCUUCGCGGUCUUGUGAAUGCAGUUCAGAUGGACGUGGGAGCGAAUCAGCUCGCCGUCCACGGAUCUCUUCGGGAGAGGCGUGUGUCUUUGCGAAUGUCUCAAAAAAGCUGAUUUCCACCACUAACCAUGCCACGUUUCCUGUCAUUAUAAAAAAAGAAAAGGGGGGAAAACGCAGGAGAGGAGAGUGUUUGGGGGCUUUGUUUCUAAGUGGCAGCACAGCCCCCUCCUCCAGCCUCAACCCACCACCUGAUAUAAAAGCGCCCUCCCUCCCCUCUGCUUUUGAUGCCCAACGUGACGUUGAAGGAGCUACAUUCAAAUUUUUGUUUUCGAAUUAAUAGAAACAAAUCCGUGCGCUCCGUUGGCUUCACAGCAAGACAAACACCAAAUAAAUCCAAUUCCAAGUUGUGGUUUGGCGGAAUUAUGUGAAGUUUCCUUUGCUUAGUUGUUGUUGUUGUCGAAAUAGCGCUGUCUUCUACAGCAGAUUUUAAAACAUGAAGGGUUAGGAAACUAAUUGUUUCAAGGUGGCAGAUAUUGUAAAUUGCAAAGCAUUUGCAUCGUUAAUUAGCAUUGCAAAUCCAGUCCAGCCGUUCUUACCGCAACGAAGGCCGGUGUAAUGUUGGAAAGGGAACUUUGCACGUGACGCAAUCUCUGGCGAUUAAAAUGUCGUGACAAUUAAACUCAGUGCACACGAGUGAGUUUUCAAUUCCUCUCUGUUCUUAGAUCUCCUUAUCAGGGUCAGCAAAUUACAGCCAUUUUUCUUGCUCUAGUCUCAACCACAUCGGGGAAAAGGUUGUUCUGGCGUGUCCCGUGCAAAAGAGCUUAUUUAAAGGGGGCUUGAAGGUUUGAUGGAGAAUUUUAAGCGCAUUCGUCGGUUCCGCUUAACUCGCUUUCAGAAAACGGCACCGUCCUAGUGCUCCUCCCCGUCCUUCUUGAGAGGUUGAGAGGAGGGGGCUACGACUUGCCAACUCAGGGGUGGAGCUCCCUUGAUGCUCCCGGGAACGCGAAUAACCUCGGACCUCCCGAAAACUAGGAAAUGUCACCAAACCUUCCCAGAUGUAUAACAACUAGUUUUACAUUCAAACACAGAUUACCUGGUUUAUUUAGACAGACAUCAAAAUUCCCCUCUAAGGGAAUGAUACAGUUUUGCCCCAAAUGUAGCCUCUUCCAAAAAACAACAACAAAAAACCAAAAAAACCCCGGCUAGACACCUCCAAAAAUGCGCUGAGAGGACCCCCCUUUUUUUCAUUAUCAUUCGAGUAAGCAAUAACAUAAAAUAAAUGUGGAUGUCCGAGGCUGUUUUGAAACGAAUGCUGUUCCUCUCCCUGCAGGACAGGGGGAGGAAAUCCAGAACUGCGACCAGCCAGUCUCCAUAGCCCGCACCAGGCAAUAUUUCUGAGGCCGCCACGCCGACCCCAGUCAUUAUAAGCAAGCGAACGAUGUUAUGCACCCCGCACCUCAAAAGGCUUUCACUUUUCCUACAGGAAAGAAAGAGAGAAAAUUGAUUUUCAGAAGACAGAUCUAUGUAGAGCAAUUAUAUUGCCAUAAAUAUUUUAAAAGAUACAAAACUGAGGAUAAAGAGAAAUCUAGCCAGAGAUUUGUAAGCACAAUCGUGUCCAUUUGCUGGUUUAUUACAAGAUCUAUAUUUUCUUGUGCCUGAGGGAGGAACGAAAGGGAACAGGGGACCCGGGCAGCUUCACAGCCACCCACAUUCCUGGGGGACUGGAGAGAUGGGGGUUUGCGGGCCUCCUAGCGAGCCCCGGUGGGUAGCGGGGAAAGGAGACUGUGGUCACGGUGUUUGCGUGACACAAUCCCUAACUCAGAGGAGCGAUGCCCCGGCCCUCCCGUUGGGCAGCAAUCAACGGGACAAGUGGCCUACGGCUCUCUUUGUCUGCAUCGGAGGUAUUCCUUAAACUUGUCAGAGAAAAGGUGUGUGUGCAUAUGGCCUCUAAGCAGUUUGAAACCCUUGCCUUCCAGUUACCCCGUUCUGACUUGGUCAACUCUUCUUUCGCGCUCGGCUGAUAGGGAUCAGAUUCAGAAUUCCUAAUACUAAGUUCGACAGAGCUAAAUCGGUUUACAUCCAAAUACUUCGAUGUCUCCAGGGUUGCCAACGCAAAACCCCCGAUGUUUCGGAUCUGGCCUUUCAACUUUUGUGAGCUACUCAUAAAUAUUGGGCAGUCUCUGUGUUUUAAACUGCUAAAUUAAAUUAAAUUGAGUACUGGAAGUAUGAAAGGCAGCAAGGCAGAUUCCAAAGGGCAUAGAAUUAAUAACGAUAAAGAUGAUCGGGUGAAAAAUAUAGUCUGUCAUUUUAUGGAAGAGAGCUUGUUUUGUUUUUUGUAAGCAGAUUUCUGCCCGGUUCCCAGCCCAGUUUGGAUGGGAAGGCCAGCGCUUUCGAACCGGAAGUCUCAGCUCCUAAAAAAACCUUCUGCUAGCAGCGUGCCCUUUGGAACAACGAAAAACGGUUCUAGCUGCUGAUAAAUGUGCAGUUCCUGUUUGAUACAAUUUGCGUUGACGCGACGAGCUCAUUUGAUUUUUCUCACUCCUAGAAGCGAACCUUCCUCUCCCUACUCAGGCUGGUCCCGCUUUUCCUCCGCUCCCUUCCUUUUGGAUCGCGCCGACAGCCGGCCUGGGGACCCGACUCUUUCCCUCCGUCUUUCCGUCGUUUUCUCCUGUUCGACGGCGAUGCGCCUGGUCUCUCCCUCGCUCCUUGCCUGCCUGCCUGCCUGCCUCCCUAGCCUUGCAACCUGUUGCUUGGGGGUCUUGCAUUCCUCCUUCCUCCCCGCCCCAUUAGGGGAGCCGAGGCCCCCAGAAGUUCAGAGGCAUGGGGCAGAAGAGUUUAUCCGGUCUGGUCAUAAAUAAUACCCCGACGACUCUCCCCAGCCCACUUAAUUCAUGCUUGAUGGCCGGGACUUCGACGGCAGAUAAAAAGUUCCUAAGUUGGUUGGGGUUUUUGUUUCCCUUUUCCAAUCAUUAACGUCAUGGAGAUAAGCUAUCAAUAACCCCGCUGUCCUUUCGGAGCCGAGUUCCACAGUAUUGAUCCGUGGGCCUCUUCAUCUCUGCCAAGGAAGACACGGAAUAAUUUUCGCAUUACAGUCACUUGGAUUUGCUUUUAAUUCAUAUUUAAAGCUGCAACCGACUCGGCGGAGCUUUCUGCGCAAAGACUGGAGGCGCCUAAUUAAUAAUAAGUUAGAAACGAAGGAAGGCACCAGCCGAUGAAUAAUUAAUCCAGACAUCUAUGUCUCUUUGAAUAUGGCUGCUUUAAAAACGUGGGCUCACCAGCCCCUCCUAUAAGUCUGCAAUUUAUAUGGGGGUGAUUUAAGAUAGCGAUUUCCCCCUGAAAUACAAUGCUAAAUUAUUUACAGUGUUUUGCAAGCUUCCAUAAGUUCCCUCAUUAUCAAAUGCUGCACUCGGCCCUUUGCGGUGGUUGGGGGGCUAGGCGCGGAAUGAGUGGGGGAAAUGAGGAGGGGAAGAGGGCCAUACCUGGGGAGGGGGCGCCUGGAGCAGGACGAGAAGGCGGCGGAGGCGGCCAGCUCUGUUCCUCGACCCUAGCACUAACUUAACCCUAUCCGGCCCCUGCUGGAUUAGAUGGCGGCCCCCUCACUCUGGGUGUGUAGGGGAGACCGCGUGAAUCACCCCCACAUCUAGGCACCUGCUGUUUCGGUGCUAUUUGUACUCGAGCCUCUUUGAAAAUUGGAGGCGGUGAUGACAGACUAGAGAUCCCAGGUUCCAGUAAAAGAAAGGAAAGGAAAGGAAAGGAAAGGAAAGGAAAGGUGAUUGCGGUAAUACAUAAAGACAGAUAGUCCAGAGCUUGAUGCCUAGCCUUUGAAUAACUUUAUUGCUAGUAUGAAAGUGGGGGGAGGAGACCGGGUUGGUCCCUGAAUGGGUGGAGGAAUCAAAAAUAGACAGCUGGGCAGUGCUUUUUAUUGGGACCAAUAAAAUACUGGGCCAGCUUUCAAGUUCUGGAGAAGAGGGCAGCUCGCUCCCUUGUCUGGUUGGUUCCAGCGAAGAUCUUGCCCACCUACGGAUUUUGGAAUCGUUGCUAGCAACAGAAGCUGGCGUGCAAAGCGCUAAUUUUGGUGGGCUGGAAUUCCUUGGACCUUGUUGGAAAUACCCCUGAGGAAAUUACCUAUUUUUUUAAAAAAUAAAAAAUCUAAACACCCUUUUUCUCGUGGCAUGGUGGCGGUACCAGAAAAGCUGGUGGAAAGCUGUAAAAUAUGCCUCUUUAGAGGCUGACCUAUGGAUAGGUGAGGGCUUCAGUCGCUGGAACUGACGCGGACCUGCCCUUUGUCCGCUGGUAACAGCUGGUCAGUCAGGGGUGGAGGGAUGUUCUGAAGGUGGUCACCUUAUGCGCUUUUCAGGUACAAGGUGGUCCUUUUGAAUGAAAGCCUCUCCAGCAUAGUCCUGUGAGGGUCCUGCAGCCAAAGCGACGAGAAGCCUUCCAUGAACUAGAACCAAAUAUGUCAUUUUGCCAUCGGUCCCCGCGAUGGGGAAGCCCACCAUCCCUGUGCGCUGAAGUCCACAUCGGAUAACAUCGAAAGUCGUUUGGGCUGAAGUCCAGUGCCUUCCUUGAGGUCAACAGCAGCAGCGGUCGAGCUUGCUCCUGCCCGAUGUAAAGGUCCCCCGCCGACGGCGUAGCCAUUGGUGAAGCUGUCCGCCUUGGCUCCAUUUCUUCUCAUGCGCAGGAAUGGGCAUACGUGUCUCUUGUGGAUUGCAGAGGGGCACCGUUGGCAGCGGGGGCGGGGAGAUGAACGCCCCCCGAUUCAGUAGGGCGGAUGUAAUCGGAUGCCCUCAUAGCGUUCAUAUUUGGAGACUCUUUGAAGACACCGUCCAUUCCCCCCACUUUUAGCCAAACCCUCCCCUUUCUUUCUAAGCAUUCCCACUGUGGGGUCGAGGGGCCGUCUGCGUCUCAAGAGGGGCCACAGGAAGAACGGGGGGCAGGGGGCAGGUUGAAGGGCAAAGGGGUGGCCUCGCAGAGAUAGGCAGAGCGAGGGGCAGCCAAUUCUUAUUUUUCAAAAUGAACUCGCUCCAAGGUGGACUGGUAACUGGCAGGGCAGAGGGCUGGUCGGGCGCCUAAAGGGGCUUCCGGACCGAGGCAAGGAUCUGUAAAACGGAGCAGCCCAAGCAUGAAAUAGCAAAAAGGAACAGCUUUGCCAAAUGAAAGGGGCGCGUGCCUACAAAUUAGGAGGAGCAUGAAAACACGCCCUGCUGAUCGAUCCCUUAGAAAUCCCUGCAAACGCCGGUGGAGGAAGCGGGGCGUUCCGAAAUGCCUGCGCAGCCCCUCGGGUCAAGGCACCCCUGGUCGAAUGGGUCGUGUGGCUUUAGGUAAAUUGAUCAGCCGAGGCAACGAUUACAUUCCCAUACAUUUGCGCCCGGAAGGCAAGAGUUCUGCUGCGAAGACGCGGCACUGGCUUUGUUUGAGAGCCGGGCCCGAGUUGGUCACUGCGGGUCUCUGAAGAGAACUAUCUCGCAGGCCCUGCUCGGUGGGGCUGGGGGAAGGGGGCCACCCCGCCGUGAAGACGGAGUCCAGCUCUUUAAGAGGAACACCAUUUUAGAAAAUAAUAACCUGCUUUUUAGUUGUUGUUGCUGCUGCCGCCUUUAUCUGCAUGCCUAAGAGUAAAACUCGGGGCAACCUACUUUUGGGUAGGCAUACCAAGGACUGCUGUAUUUUCUUUAAAAAAAAAAUUUAAAACGAUUAUCCUGUCAGUUGGCAUUGCAGCCCUGUUCUAAACAGAGAGUCAUACACUUAUUUACGAAUCCUCGUUUUCCUCCUUUCGCUGAUCUGCUGGAAUUCUCUUUCAACUCCCCGCUUGGAUAAUGGGGUUCAGUCUCCGUCAGCCCCAGACCCCGGGGUUUGGCUGUUAGCUCUGCUGCUGACUCCCUUCUUCUUAUUCACAGUUCUGCUCUGUGGAGGCUGGCACACUGAGAGCAGCGCCGGAAGAAAGACCCGUCCUCGAUUCUUGCAAGCUGUGGAGAAGGACGGUUUGAAAGUUGGGGGUGGGGGAGAUAGCUGACGCCCCCUCCAGAGCCUGCCGGGCUCAGCAGGAUUUUGCCCUUCCGCGUUCUGUAUAGCUGCCCGCACAGAGGAAGCAACAUAAAACCUUCUCUCUUUUUGAAAAUAA